UUCUUUCUCUCAGUCAUGGCGGGUCUUGAUCCUCCUCCAAGCUCUCUCUCUCUCUCUCUCUCCUCUCCUCCCCAAGCCCUAGAAAUCCAUCCCUUUGAAUCCCCAUCCUCGUCUUCAUCUUCUAUAUUCACCUUUCAUCCUUCUCAUCUGAUCUUUUCUCACCUAGAAUUCACCCAAUUCUCAGUCAUUCCUUGUAGUUUUAAGGCAAUGGGAAGCUCGGAAGAAAGGGUGGUGGCUGUGAUCAUGGUUGGUGGACCGACCAAAGGUACUAGGUUUCGGCCACUGUCGCUUAAUGUUCCGAAACCGUUGUUCCCUCUUGCUGGCCAGCCUAUGGUCAAUCACCCCAUCUCUGCUUGCCGACGAAUCCCGAAUUUGGCGCAGGUUUAUCUGAUUGGGUUUUAUGAGGAGAGGGAGUUCGCUCUUUAUGUCUCUGCCAUCUCUAAUGAGCUUCGAGUUCCUGUUCGAUACUUGAGGGAGGACAAGCCGCGUGGUUCUGCUGGUGGGUUUUAUAGUUUCAGGAAUUAUAUCAUGGAAGAUAGCCCGUCUCAUAUAUUCUUGCUGAACUGUGAUGUUUGCUGUAGCUUCCCAUUGCCGGAAAUGCUUGAUGCACAUAAAAGCUAUGGUGGGAUGGGAACCAUCUUAGUAAUCAAGGUAUCUGCUGAAUCAGCCCAUCAGUUUGGCGAGCUAGUUGCUGAUCCUGACACAAAGGAGCUGUUACAUUACGCAGAGAAACCUGAAACUUUUGUUAGCGAUCUUAUAAACUGUGGCGUCUAUGUAUUUACUCCAAAUAUUUUUGCUGCCAUUGAGGAAGCCAUCGUGGAACGUAGAGGCAAAGCUGAAUUGCGUCGGAUAACCAGCUUUGAAGCUCUCCAAUCAGCGACAAAGGCAAUUCCUGCAGAUUACGUAAGGUUGGAUCAGGAUAUCUUGUCUCCGUUUGCCGGGAAGAAGGAAUUCUAUACAUAUGAGACAUUGGACUUCUGGGAACAGAUUAAGACACCGGGGAUGUCCUUAAAAUGUUCUGCCUUGUAUCUCCAUCAAUUUCGGUAUACCUCUCCCCAAUUGCUUGCCAAUGCGAAUGACGCCAAGGGAGCUACAAUCAUUGGGGAUGUCUAUAUCCAUCCGUCAGCAAAAGUACACCCUACUGCCAAGGUUGGCCCAAAUGUCUCUAUCUCUGCAAAUGCUCGGAUAGGAGCUGGAGUGAGGCUUAUUAGUUGCAUUAUCUUAGACGAUGUUGAAGUACUGGAAAAUGCCGUUGUCAUCCAUUCUAUAGUUGGCUGGAAAUCGUCUAUCGGAAAAUGGUCUCGUGUUCAGGGUGAAGGUGAUUGCAAUGCAAAACUCGGGAUUACUAUUCUCGGAGAAUCAGUUGCUGUCGAAGAUGAGGUUGUUGUGAUCAAUAGCAUCGUUCUGCCGAAUAAAACCCUCAGUGUUAGUGUACAGGAGGAAAUCAUCUUAUAAUUCGUCGUCGGUUUUUCUCAAAUAAGGCCUCUUGCCAUGGUUUGCUGCUCAAAAUUUUCAGUAUGUAACAGCAGCAUAUAUGUUCUGGUUGUUAUAUUUUACAUGCUUUUUUAACUUGUUUUGAUGGAAUUUUGGAUGAAACAGGACAUGAUUUCAACCAUUGUAUUAUUUUCCAAACAUGUUAUCCUUGUUUUGAUGAAACCUUUUGUA